AAAAAAAUGAACACCCUUCGUCUCGCAGUGACAGCUCUAUGCUGCAUAGUGGUUGUGCUUGGAGGGUUACCCUUCUCCUCAGAUGCACAACUAGAUCCCUCGUUUUACAGGGAUACUUGUCCUAAGGUUCAUUCACUUGUUCGUGAAGUCGUAAGAGAUGUUUCUAAAAAAGAUCCCCGUAUGCUUGCAAGUCUCGUCAGGCUUCACUUUCAUGACUGUUUUGUUCAAGGCUGUGACGGAUCAAUUUUGUUGAACAACACUGCUACGAUAGUGAGCGAGCAACAAGCAUUGCCAAAUAACAACUCAAUAAGAGGUUUGGAUGUUGUGAACCAGAUUAAGACAUCGGUGGAAAGUGCUUGUCCUGGCGUAGUUUCUUGUGCUGAUAUUCUUGCCCUUGCAGCUCAGAUAUCUUCUAUUCUGGCUGGUGGUCCUAAUUGGAAAGUUCCUCUGGGAAGAAGGGAUAGUUUAACAGCAAACCGAGACCUUGCUAAUCAAAACCUUCCGGGUCCUAACUUCAACCUAUCUGCACUUAAAUCUGCCUUUGCUGUUCAAGGCCUUGACACUAAUGAUCUAGUUACACUUUCAGGUGCUCAUACAUUUGGCAGAGCUCAUUGCUUUUUAUUCUCUGACCGAUUGUACAACUUCAGCGGUACCGGCAAACCUGAUCCAACUCUUGACACAACUUACUUACAACAAUUGCGCAAAAUAUGCCCCCAAGGUGCAACAAAUCUCGCCAAUUUCGACCCAACAACACCUGAUACAUUCGACAAGAACUACUACUCCAAUCUUCAGGGUCAAAAGGGCUUGCUUCAGAGUGACCAAGAACUAUUCUCAACAAAAGGUGCAGAUACCAUUAGCAUUGUCAACAAGUUCGGUAGUAGCCAAGAUGCUUUCUUUGAUAGCUUUAAGGCUUCAAUGAUAAAGAUGGGUAACAUUGCUGUGCUAACGGGAACAAAAGGAGAAAUCCGAAAACAAUGCAAUUUUGUUAACAAAAAAUCUGCAGAACUUGAUAUAGCCAGUGUGGCCUCCUCCAAAGAAUCAUCGGAGCAGGGUAUGGUUAGUUCAUUCUAAAUGAAUUAGGAUUACUACUGCGCCACUAGAAAUGUUGUGAAUGAAGGCCAUUAAUAAAGAAGCUAUAGGCACAUUCAUGCCAUGUGCCCCCAGGCUUGUUAUUAGGUGCUGUGUUUGUGUGAGAUCUUCUUUCUUGUAAUCUGAAUCAUGUGGUGUUCAUAAUCAAUUUCUCUCUU